AUGAGAUAUGACGUGACCCGUUUAAGCGUGUUCGAUCGGGAAACCAGGAGAUUCCUGCUAGAUAACAAUGGAUCGACUGCCAUCCCAAAUGUUUGUAAGGACGCUCAACCGAACUGCGAUCUUCUUAAUCAAACUUUAAAUGUGUGCAGUGACGUUCACAAUGGGGAACUAUUAUGUAAACAGUAUUGUGGAUUAUGUGACGUCGUUAAUGGUGGAUGGUCAGUCUGGGGUUCUUGGGGUCAGUGUGACGUGUCGUGUGGUAACGGAACGCGUAUGCGCAGUAGACAGUGUGAUAAUCCAGCCCCAAAAAAUGGCGGAGAUUAUUGUCUAGGGAAGAGCACCGAACAACUUAUGUGCUUAGUCAACCCAUGUCCAGUGCAUGGUGGUUGGGGCCAAUGGAGUGUGUGGGGUUCGUGUAGUGUCACAUGUGGUGUUGGUCUGAGGAGAAGGGACAGAAACUGCGAUAGCCCGUACCCUUCCAAGGACGGUAACCACUGCUUUGGGGACGGACUCAACUAUGAUAUCUGCACUGGACCAUCCUGUUCAGUACAUGGUGGUUGGGGCGGAUGGAGUGCAUGGGGGUCAUGCAGCGCCACUUGCGGUGUUGGCCUGAGGAAGAGGGAUCGCAACUGCGACAGCCCAUACCCCGCAAAAGACGGUGGUUCGUUACUCAUGUACGUGAAUCCCUAUGAUGACCCGACAACUGAUUAUGGAGAAUACAUUUUGUCGUCAUCAACCACUCUAAAACUUAAACAAUCUGACACAGUUCGAAUCGGUGGGGGAUCAGCAGCAAACCAUCUCCUUUAUUCUACAGCAUCAUUCACUGGAUUUCUUCUAAAAGCUGAUGCUGACUAA